AGCAUUUAAGCACGUGUUACUUUGAAAGCUUGUCCCCGACAUACAUUUCGAAGACAGACUUUGCUAGCCUGAUACUGCGGAAUUUCUUAGCGACAGAAGUAAUCGAGACUGCACAUACCGUCCUUCCAUGCAUAUAUGCCCAUGGACUUACACUCUUUCUUUUUUAUAAGAAUAUAAUUUUUAAGAAUAUUGCGGCCGAAAUGAGGAAAAUUUUCGAGGCUGAGACUUUAAAAGAACAUAAUUUUGAGCGUUGAAAAUUUGUAAACACAAUACAAUUAUAUGUUUUUAACUUGACCGUAUAAAAAAUUUCUCGUCUCUAAACGGCAAAACUGGCCAAAAAACAGCACUACCUGUAUGUCCGGAUGCUGAAAACAUUUCUGCAAGAAGUUAUGUUUGCCAUACCAGGAUUAGCUGCCUGCAGUCUGGCUCCAAAAUUACUUUAACGCCGUCAAAGUCAUGAUAGGACAGACAAUCUGAAGUUGUGCCGGUGUAGUCCCUUUGUAUUACUAUCUAAGAAUGUUCACAAAAACAUUUUCAGCCUAAAUCGGCAGAAAAAUAAUAACAUUUAGCCUGGGCCGGAAAAAAAAACAAUAUUAUUAUAAGGAUAAAAAGAGUGUAUUUCAACAUUUGGAGCCUGUUUGAAAACCAUUUCACCAUCGUAGUGUUAUAAAGCUCAAUAAUAUGCAUAGAAUUUAGUACUUUUUGUUCGUGAUCAUCAGUUAUUUAUCAUUUUGUAGCCAACACGUUUGUCUUGUGAUUCUAGGGUGUGACUACCCCCACAGUGAGUCUUAUGACUUCAAGUUGUUUAUCGAGCGUACUCAAGCUCCGAGCAAUACCCUAUCAGUUGACAUGUUUAGGUUCGUCUACUGGCCUUGGUCUGAAUCUCCCACAAAAAUCCUGUCAGUUUAGUUUUCUUGUUCUUUAAACUUUGGCUUCUAUUGGGGCAUGGUGGUUUCAAGAACUUUGUAGUUCCCUUUUAGAAGUCGCGUGAAAUUGUUUGGUCUGUUCAUAGCACCGACUUGAUAAUGCAUGGAUAUAUGCCCCGAUCUUGUUUGGACUACCUUCACCAUGGCAUCCGCCGAAACGACUACUACCCGCUUUACGACUACGACGACCAGAUUUACGUGGCGUUUUGUGACCUCUCAAACGAGCCGGGCUCAGCUUGGACUCUGGUUAUGUCCUGGAUGACUGCAAAAUACAAGGAGUUGCCGCAUUUUAAAAACAGGGCAUUUUAUGAAGAUGCUCCCAUCAACGAGGAAACUCCAAACCCUGAGAUCUACCGUCAGACUUUGGCUCGAAUAAACAGCAUUCGUAAGCACUCAACCCACUGGCGCGCGACCUGCAACGCCUAUGGUCACCCCGGAACAAUUACUUACAAAGAUUACCUCAGGGGAAAAUUCAGCGACUUCGACAUCAUGUUAUAUGAAGGUGGCGGAUCGUCGACUUGCCAACCUGUAGAGCAUAUCAAUAUUCUCGGAAAUGUUGGUGGAAAUGGCACUACAGUUGGAUUUUGGCAGUAUUCUGGUAGCUACCUGCUUAAUAUCGACAGCUCUGAUACUGGCUGUGAAUUUCUUCCCCCAGCAUAUCCAAGACUGCCAAGAGUUGACUACUUCGGUUACUAUGGAGAUGGAAUAAACCCCGAAUUCACUUGUUCCCGAAAUGCGUUUUCCACAACGCAGUGGUGGUUCGGAAGAUACUUAGAAGAACAUUGAUCAUCAGUUGAAAAACUGAAUAACUGUUUUCGUGGCCCUACCGUUUGCCGUGAUUAAGUAAAACUUCAUUAGGAACUAUCAGUGUGUGUGAUCAGAUAGACUACCAGUAGUCCCUCUUUCGCUUAGACCGUCGUGCAAAAGAAAAUCGCGAGAAAGAAAUGGCCGCGCGAAAUCCUGGGCCGAGAGUUACGCCAUUUGUCUGCGUCCGUAACCCCGUUCUACUUCUGCGCAGCUCUAAAAUCUGCGUCCAGCAAAAGCGGAAAUAAUUACCUAGGGAUCGGUGAACAGCGGAACUGCCCUUGAAGGCGCGCGAGAAGCGCGCACGCGUGGGUUUGGUGCCCACGCUAUUUGACGACUUUGCCGUUUUACGCCAAACAAAUUACGUUUUCAUUCUACUUUGACUUUCCAGAAAAAUAGCGGCAGCUUCCGGUCUAUGUGGCGAAUUGUGAUUAAAGAAUUCUGUAGACAUGGCCUGUUUUAGUCAUCUAGAGUUCUGGUGGAGUUGAAACAGACGCUUAAAUAUUUUUUCAGUUUCGCCAACGCAAUGCGCAGAGUUGACGCACAAUAUAAAGACGUGGGUGUUUCUUUGGCAGAGUUCUCUUCUAUAAUUAGACUUAGCAUUAGACCUGAAGGAAGCGAAUAUAUCAAAUUAUUUGCUUUUCCGCCAGUUCCUCAUUCCGUAAAAGAAAUACUUAUAAUUGGUUUCACAAAGCAAGUAACUGUGACAGGCAACUGAAUUAGUCACGGAUAGAGCGGAAAAUUUACGUAUAUGAUACAUGUGGAUAUGUAAAUAAUAAGUAAAUAAAUUUAUUUAUUGCCCGGCUGGUGAAGAGGCGAAGUUUCUCUCGGGCGCUAAUAUAACUCAGGCCCACUCACUGUUGACCGCGCAUGUGCAAAACCCGCCCAUCUAAUUAUAGCGUACGUCCGUUGCUAAGCGUCGUUCAUGCUAUAACAUUACGAGGAACUAUAGCCUCUUUCAGGUGUUCAGUUAGUCGGGGCGCAGCGCGGAAACCGGCGAGCGAAAAAAUACGGGAGAAGCGCCGCACCGCGCUUCUCCCCUAUUUUUACGCUAUCCGUUUUUCGUGCUCCGCCCCGACUAACUGAACGCCUGGAAGAGGCUAGGGGAGCUGCAAGUGACUCGCGAACAGCUCCUACCUCUUUAGUAAAUGAUUCAAUUUCGCCUUUACGGCACGACUGUUUCUGUUUGUAUCAUAG